AUGAAAUCGAAUCUAAAGCAGGUUUGGGUGACCGGGCCAAUAAUUGUAGGAGCUGGACCUUCGGGCCUGGCUACCGCAGCAUGCCUCAAAGAGAAAGGUAUCCCUUCCUUGAUACUUGAGAAGGAAAACUGCAUUGCCUCAUCAUGGAAGCUUAGGACUUACGACCGCCUGAAGCUUCAUCUCCCCAAGCAAUUUUGUGAACUACCUCUCAUGCCUUUCCCACCAGCCUUCCCAACAUACCCAACAAAACAGCAGUUCAUAAGCUACUUGGAAGCCUAUGCUGAGCAUUUCUCAGUAAAGCCCUUGUUUGGAAUGAAGGUACGAUGUGCCGAAUAUGAUCCAAGCAUCGGCUUUUGGCGGGUGGAGGCCAAUAACCUGGAAUUCAUAUGUCGAUGGCUCAUAGUCGCAACGGGGGAGAAUGAUGAGGCCAUAUUGCCGGAGAUCACCGGGAUGUCAGAGUUUCAAGGACAGGUCCUGCACACCAGUUUCUACAAGAAUGCAGAUGAUUUUAAAAGGAAGAAGGUUCUGGUGGUGGGUUGUGGAAAUUCGGGCAUGGAAGUUUGCUUGGACCUGUGUAACAAUGGAGUUCAAGCCUCUAUGGUUGUUAGAGAUAAGUUGCACAUCUUGCCAAGGGAAAUACUGGGGAUUUCAACCUUUGGGCUGUCCAUGUGGCUGAUCAAAUGGUUUCCUAUGAAAUUGGCUGAUGAGUUCCUCCUCUUAUGCUCGUGGCUGAUUCUUGGGGAUACAAAGAAAUAUGGGCUCACUCGACCCAAUAUUGGGCCCCUGAAACUAAAGAUCACCACUGGGAAGACCCCGGUUCUAGAUGUUGGUACUCUCUCAAAGAUCAAAAAUGGCCAAAUUAAGGUGGUCCCUGGCAUUGACUGCUUUACGCAUAAAGGUGUGGAAUUCGUGGAUGGCAAACAGGAGGACUACGAUGCAGUCAUCCUAGCAACAGGCUAUAGAAGCAACGUAGCUUCAUGGCUCAAGUUUGCUUUAAUGAAAAGGACAAGCAGAAGAGACAUGGUCAAGAUGGAGACAAUGUGA